GUCAGCUGAUGCAUCACCUGCCCAGAGCAAGAUGGCGGCCUCCAUACUACGGCGCUGCUGGGGCUCUCUUCUAGCUCAGCGCUGCAGAGCCGGGGAUGUCCCCGUCCUGCACAACGGACAGACCUGGAGAAGGGCGCAGGCUCCAGGGUCUAUCACUUCCGGCCGGAGAGCGGGAAAUAGUCCUGCGGGAGAGCGCGGUGUUGCUCCAUGGGUAGCAGUGGUAGGUCUGGAAAUUCAUGCACAGAUCAGUUCCAACUCAAAGCUUUUCUCUGGCUCCCAAGUCCAGUUUGCAGCACCACCUAAUUCUUUGGUAUCUUUCUUUGAUGCUUCUCUACCAGGAACUUUACCAGCUCUCAACAGGAGAUGUGUAGAAGCAGCGGUGAUGACAGGCCUCGCACUGAACUGCAGGAUAAACAAGAAGUCUUUGUUUGACAGAAAACACUAUUUCUAUGCAGAUCUGCCUGCUGGCUAUCAAAUCACUCAGCAGAGACUUCCCGUUGCUGUGAAUGGGAGUCUUUCAUACGGCCUCUGUGUAGGGGGAAAAAAGAACCAGAUGGUAACCAGGACUGUGAGGAUCAAGCAGAUCCAGUUGGAACAAGACAGUGGAAAGAGUCUUCACGAUGACACAAGGAGCCAGACUCUCAUUGACUUGAACAGGGCUGGUGUUGGCCUCAUGGAGGUUGUCAUGGAGCCUGAUAUGAGCUCUGGGGAAGAGGCAGCCGCAGCAGUCAGAGAGCUUCAGCUUGUUCUUCAAACGCUUGGGAGCAGCCAGGCAAUCAUGGCAGAGGGUCAACUGAGAGUGGAUGCCAAUGUAUCUGUUCAUCACCCCGGAGAAGCUUACGGAGUAAGGACUGAAGUGAAGAAUAUCAACAGUGCACGAUUCCUGGCAAGAGCAAUAGACUAUGAAAUCCAGAGGCAAAUCAAGGAACUUGAAAAUGGACAAACCGUUAUGAAUGAAACCAGAGCCUUUGAUUACAAACUUGGGUGUACGAUACCAAUGAGAGAUAAAGAAGGAAAACAGGAUUACCGGUUCAUGCCAGAGCCAAACCUCCCUCCAUUGAUUCUGUACGAUACUAAAUCGUUGCCUGCUAAUAUGAACCAUCAGCAAGUGGUGAAUAUUGAUUGGAUUCGGGAGAGGCUUCCUGAUCUCCCCAGUGUGAAGAGAGUGAAGCUUGUUGAACAGUAUGGGAUUCUGCCUGAACAUAGUUUCGCCUUAUUGAAUGAAGAUGGAUUAAUGGAAUUCUUUCAAAAUGUAGUGAGACAGACCCAGAUGAAUCCAAAGAAAGUGAUUGGCUGGAUUCUAAAUGAUAUGCUUGGUUAUUUAAAACAACACAACCUUACAGUCAAGGAAAGUCCAGUCAGUUCUCUCCUCCUGGCUGACCUUCUAAACCUUCUAGAGAGAGGCGCAAUUUCUUCUUCAGCAGCCAAACAAGUGUUUGAGGAAUUGUGGAAGGGGGAGGGGAAGACCCCACUUCAAAUUGUUAAAGAAAAGAAACUUGAACUAAUCCAGGAUCAGCAAGAGCUUGAACAGAUCUGUCAGGCAGUGAUGGAAGGACAUCAGGAAGAGGUUAUGGAGAUAAAGAAGGGAAACCGAAAAGUUCUGAAUAAACUGAUUGGACUGGUUCAAAGAACAACAAGAGGGCGAGCAGACCCUGUGCUGGUGAAACAAAUAUUAGAGAAGAGGCUGUCACAGUAACUUUCAGAGCAACUUGCACAGGUCCCUACAGAGGGAACGACUGGACAAUUCCCUGGACUCUGUACAGUUCAAUUCCAGCCUGAGCUAGAAAAAGAUACUGUGUAGUCUUAGCAUGGAACAGAAUUGUUAUUCCCUUUUGGUGGUUAUUCAGGUAGUUUCUUGUUAUACAAUCUUCCUUGAAUGCUUCACCCUCUGUCAGGACAAAAGAAAAGGCAUUCCAUGCAAAAGAAUAGCAGACAUUAGUAUUGAGAGCUGUUCACUUUUCCUGGAGCUGGUUUUGCACACAUGAGAAAG